GCGCGCAGCCCGCGGCCGAGCGCACCUGGGGAGCAGCGCCUGCAGCUUUCGCCGCGCCAUGUUUCAGGCCGCCGAGCACUCCCAGGACUGGGCCAUGGAGGGCCCCCGGGACGGGCUGAAGAAGGAGCGGCUGCUGGACGACCGCCACGACAGCGGCCUGGACUCCAUGAAGGACGAGGAGUACGAGCAGAUGGUGAAGGAGCUGCGCGAGAUCUGCCUCGAGCCGCAGGAGGCGCCGCGCGGCGCCGAGCCCUGGAAGCAGCAGCUCACCGAGGACGGCGACUCGUUCCUGCACUUGGCCAUCAUCCAUGAAGAGAAGGCACUGACCAUGGAAGUGAUCCGCCAAGUGAAGGGAGACUUGGCUUUCCUCAACUUCCAGAACAACCUGCAGCAGACGCCACUCCACUUGGCUGUGAUCACCAACCAGCCAGAAAUCGCUCGGGUUCUUCUGGGAGCUGGCUGCGAUCCUGAGCUCCGGGACUUUCGAGGAAAUACCCCCCUACACCUCGCCUGUGAGCAGGGCAGCCUGGCCAGCGUGGGAGUCCUGACACAGACCUGCCAGACCCAACACCUCCACUCGAUCCUGAAGGCCGCCAACUACAACGGUCACACGUGUCUGCACUUGGCCUCUAUCCAUGGCUAUCUGGGCAUCGUGGAGCUUUUGGUGUCUUUGGGUGCUGACGUCAAUGCCCAGGAGCCCUGUAAUGGCCGGACCGCCCUCCACCUUGCGGUGGACCUGCAGAAUCCUGACCUGGUAUCGCUCCUGUUGAAGUGUGGGGCGGACGUGAAUAGGGUUACCUACCAGGGCUACUCUCCGUACCAGCUCACCUGGGGCCGCCCAAGUACCCGGAUACAGCAACAACUGGGCCAGUUGACCCCAGAAAACCUGCAGAGGCUGCCAGAGAGCGAAGACGAGGAGAGCUAUGACACGGAAUCGGAGUUCACAGAGGACGAGCUGCCCUAUGAUGACUGUGUCCUUGGAGGCCAGCGCCUGGCAUUAUGAACGGAAAGUGUCUAGAGAAACGUGGACUUGUAUAUUUGUACAAAAAGAGAGUUUUAUUUUUCUAAAAAAGAGAAAAGGGAAAAAAAAUGGAGAGGGUACGCCGAUCACCCCACUGUGUACUGCCUGGCCCCAAGCGUGUCCCUUUGGUGGGCCACCCUCGUUUUGUUCUUCGUGUGAACUCCGGCGGGACGGGGCAGGAGCAAGAAAGUUGAUUGGGAGACAAGGGAUGCCUCUUUUUGAAGCCCUCACCUUUGUGGCAGUUAUUUUGGAGCGAGUUACCCAAACUUUGAUCAAAGGACCGUAUUUUAUUUAUUGUACUUUUCGGCUGGGUCACCAUGGGUUGAGUGGCUGAUCCCAGUUGACCUCUGUGGCAUUUGGCAGUCCGGUGUGUGUGUUCAACUUUCGGUGAUGUGGGGUUAAAACCUUGAGCUACUACUUGUAAAGGUUGGUGUUUACCCUCCUGUAAAUGGUGUACAUAGUGUAUUUCGUUGGUAAUUAUUUUGGUACUUCUAAGAUGUAUAUUUAUUAAACAGAUUUUUACAAACAGUUA